AUGGGGAAGAUGGAGAUUGCAGCGGGGCCCAGCUCCCAGGCGCUGACUGGGAAUAAGAAGUACUCCUCCAAGAUGGGAGACGAAUGGGAGUUCGAAGAGCAGGCCAAGAGGGGUUGCACGAGAUACGGCUGCUGCGGUGUGGGCUGGCCUGAUAUCAGGCUGAUGGUGUAUGCCAUUAUGGCGCUGUACCUCUUCUUGGGCAUGUUCUACUGGGGGCUCAUCACCGCCGCCCAGGAAGUGCGCCAGGAGGAGUACCUGGAACUUGCAGGCCGUUUCUUUGGGCCCUUCAGCCAGGUGGAGCGCCCGCUGCUCAACAUCUCCAACGAGCCCAUCCCAGUCGGACAGAUCACCGUCGCUGAGUUCGACACCUUCCGCGAUGCCAAACAGGGAGAGCUGAGCAGGGAGUACAACAGGCCCGAGGGCUGCAGGCCGGCCACCAGCGCCAAUGGCGGCGAGUUCCUCGAGUGUGACAGGGACCUCAAGGAGGACGGACGCUGGACCUUGUUCCCCUGGGUCUCCGACAAGCUCGCAACUGGCGAACUCUCUGUGCCCGGCUGCGGCGAGUCCAGCCCCGAUGCCCUCAGGCGCCACUCCUCUCUGGAGAAGGACGGAACCUUCGGCAGCCAGGACAACAAGAACGCCCCCCCGGCCGAGUGGGUGCUCGGGCCCAACACAUGCCUCUCCUAUGUCACCACUUCUGCCAUCACGCAGUAA